GACACCCAGAAACCCUAUGCUUCGCAGCACCGGGCAAUCGCAUAAUCUCUCAUAAUCACAUACCUCAUGUUCUGUUUUCUGAGUCAUUUGGGAAUUUUCAUAAUAGUAUAUGCAAUUUCAAAUUAGACAAGAGCAAGGGCUAAAGUAACAAGUGUGUUCAAUUUGGGGAGGUUCGGCUAAAGGGGGAUUCUACUGUGAGCAAAACCAGUUUCAGAAGCAACAAAUGUGUCAGAAUAGAACAGUGAGAGGUAGAUGUGGUGGUGGUGGAAAUCCGAACAUGAUGUUGUAUCCUGCAUCGUAAUCACCUCCUCCACCUCCGGUGCCGGCACCUCCACCAUGGUAGCCCAAGUUUCGCCAUCCUCUGAGCUCACAACUCCGCCGUGGAGCUCACUGGAUCUGAUUCGUCCGAUGCCGCAGAUUGAGAAGUCGUCGUUGUCGACCACCGACUCGCCUACCUCUCUGAACCUGUCCCUGCCCGAAUCCGAUUCGUGUGAGGUCUCGAAUCAAGUAUUCGGAUCCCAUCAAGUCACGCAGCCUACCCAGUUGGCUCCAUCACCACCAUCACUGCCUGUGAUUGUACACCAGUUGGCUCCACCGCCGCCGCCGAUGGUGGCUCACAGUGGUCAAAACUUCGAAUUUGGAGCUCCGACGACUGAGAAACAGUUCUUCAGUCAGGAAUUCUUGUCUGUGAUGCAAUAGAUGGUUUGAAAAGAAGUGAGGAACUACAUGUUUGAGAUUGAACAAAAUGGGCUUCGUUUGUAUGCUGAAGCAAUCAUGUCUGUAAUUUGGGGAAAGAAUUUGGGUGGUAGCACGACUGAAAAAAGAUAAGUUUUUAGAGAGAAAAAAAUUGUGGUUUUGGAGAGAGAAUAAGUGGGUUCGUCGGUAUUAGGGGUGUAGGUGAUGAUGUAUGAGGUGAAGAAAUAAAAGUGGAGAGAAAAAUAGAGAACCUACCUAAAGAUUUUUAGUUUGUCUUCCGUGUUUGUUGUGUACAAGUCUAAUCCUCACAUAGAAUCUACUAUUUUCUCUGUACAAAUUCCUGCCUCCAGGGAGUUGGACGUAGAGUUAGACGUAGAGAGAGAAGAGGAGGACAAAAUGAUCGCAAAGGGCAGAGAGAAGGAUGGGUAUUUCCGAAAAACUAAAAGGGCAUAAUGGGUAUUACAACAAUAUAUUAGGUCAGAUUUGUGACA